AUGCUAAACACAGUAAGUAAGAGAGGCAGUCAGCACCACUCCACCUUUGAAGAUGAACCGGUUUCUAGACUGGAAAUUGUCCGCAGAUUAGCAAUCAAUUGGUCGAAAUCGGUCCUUAUGCCAAUGGGAGAUGGAAAUAUAGGUCAGACAUACAGACUAAGGGAAAUAAAUAAUGGAGAAAAAUGUAAAUACUUUGGAAUAAAUAUAUCAAGAGAGACAGGAAAAUAUCAUCAGUUAAACACUGUAAAAGUAAAGGAUAUAGAAAAGAAGCAAGGAGGAAUGGCGCCCUCUCUAGACCAGCACCCCGCCCUGUUCACAGGAGGUUUUAAAUUGGUAGUGGAGUCUGCAUGUAACCCAGUAGGAGGCCAAAUGCCCAGCAGAAGGAUGGAGAGUGCGUUCUCUAAUAACAUUACAGACUUCAUCUUGCUGGGAUUCCCUGUGUUCCACACAUGGCACUGGAGUGUGUUUGGAAUCAUUUCCAUCAUGUACGUCUUAACUCUCACAGGAAAUAUCAUCAUUAUAACCAUAACCUGCACUGAUGUCCACCUCCACAGUCCCAUGUACUUCUUUAUCAGUAACCUGUCCUUUAUUGAAAUUUUAUACACGUCUGUAACAAUUCCCCAAAUCCUUGUUCUCUUAACUGGGAGGGAAAAAUUUAUAUCUUUUAGAAGUUGUAUUGCCCAGUUUUAUUUUUUCUUCGGCUUAGGGUCCACUGAGUGUUUUCUUUUAUCGGUUAUGUCCUAUGAUAGAUAUUGUGCCAUAUGCAACCCACUGCGCUAUAAGCUAAUAAUGAGCGGCCCUGUGUGUCGUAACCUGGUUCUGGCUUGUUGGAUAAUGGGCUGUUCUACAAACCUUAUCCCCACUUUCAUAAUUGCCAAAUUAAGGUUUUGUGGUAAAAAUAUUCAGCAUUUCUUCUGUGAUCUUUCACCUUUGCUGCAAUUAUCAUGUCACAAUACAAACAAGCUGCAGACCUUAAAUUUCUUCUCUGCUUCUGCAAUAGUCUUGUUUUCAUUUGCUUUGACCUUGGGAACUUAUAUUCGUAUUAUAAUGACAAUCGCAACUAUCCCUUCCCUGACAGGGAAAUGCAAGGCUUUUUCGACCUGUGCUUCACACCUUACAGUUGUAGUUAUUUUCUUUGGGGCAGUGGCCUUUGUUUAUGUUCGCCCAAGAUCCAGUACAAAUUUUGAAUUAAAUAAAGUACUGUCUAUUGUUUACAUAGUAGUAACCCCUGUGCUAAACCCUCUGAUAUAUAGCUUUCGUAACAAAGAUGUAAAAAUCGCCAUUAAGAAAAUAUUUUUUCAAGAAAUAUUGUCCACCUUACAGUACCUAUAA